AUGCUGUAUCGAUACAAAAGCAAUGAUGACCUGUUCAAUGACAUUUUCUUUAAUGAAAAUCCAAACUCAAUUCCCACACCAUCCAAUAUUCCAACUCAAUCUCUUCAAAGUUCACACUUAAAUCUCAGUUUUUAUUACCCAUCGAAUCAAGAGCAAUAUUUUAAUAUUCAAGAUAAAUUGAAUUAA